AUGUACGGUCUGUUGCUGGAAAACCUCUCCGAGUAUGUGAAAAGUGUGUACGGGGAAGACAAGUGGGAUGACAUCCGCCGUCAGACCGGAAUUUCGUCUCCGUCGUUCAGCGUGCACGAUGACUACGACGAGAAUCUGCUCAAUCAUCUGGCGUCGAAGGCGCAGGAAAUCCUCGGCGUAUCGGAACGUGACUUCAUGGAUCAGAUGGGUGUCUAUUUCGUGAACUUCGUCAGCCAGUAUGGCUACGACCGGGUGCUGUCGGUGCUCGGCCGUCAUAUGCGUGACUUCUUGAAUGGGUUGGAUAAUUUGCACGAGUAUCUCAAGUUCUCCUACCCGCUGAUGCGCGCCCCCAGCUUCAUCUGCGAGAACGAAACCCGUCACGGUCUAACGCUACAUUAUCGCACCAAGCGCAAAGGAUUCGUCUACUACACAAUGGGACAAAUUAGACAGGUGGCGCGACAUUUCUACCACAAGGAAAUGCAGAUCUCUCUGGUUCAGUCGGAUUUGUUGGGGGAAACCAACCACUACACCUUCCAGCUAACCUUCGACAAUAGAGCCUUUUCGCUGGCAACACUGGCUAUGACGCGGGAGGAGAAACAUUUGCCCAUUAGCGCCUCGGUGCUGUUCGAGAUUUUUCCGUUUUGUAUUGUUUUCGGGGCCGACAUGGUCGUACGCAGCAUAGGUAACUCGUUGAUGGUUAUUAUUCCCGAUCUGCUGACGGAAAAGAUUACAGAUUGGUUUGAGCUGAGGCGGCCGCUAAUUGCGUUCAAAUUUCAAACGAUUCUAAAUCGUACCAACAAUAUAUUCGAACUAGUCACAAUGGAAGCUGUUAAAAAGCGACCGGAGAACCAAAGAAAGACUGAAAUUUUCCUCAGUGAGCAGGAGCAUUGCGAGGAAGUCGAGAGGCACCUGCGACUAAAAGGUCAGAUGAUCUACAUGGAAAAUUGGCGCAUGAUAAUGUUCCUGGGAACGCCGGUCAUGCCGAAGCUAUCCUCGCUGAUCUCAACCGGUUUGUAUAUAAACGAUUUGUCGAUGCAUGACUUUAGUAGAGAUCUCAUGCUGGCGGGUACCCAGCAAUCGGUAGAGCUUAAGUUGGCCCUAGAUCAGGAGCAGCAGAAGUCGAAGAAACUGGAGGAAUCGAUGCGCAAGCUGGACGAAGAGAUGCGCCGCACGGACGAGCUGCUGUAUCAGAUGAUUCCCAAACAGGUGGCCGACCGGUUGCGGCGGGGCGAGAAUCCGAUCGAUACCUGCGAGAUGUUCAACAGUGUGUCGAUUCUGUUCUCGGAUGUGGUGACCUUUACGGAGAUCUGCAGCCGCAUUACGCCGAUGGAGGUGGUCUCGAUGUUGAAUGCUAUGUAUUCGAUAUUCGACACGCUGACGGAGAGGAAUAAUGUAUAUAAGGUGGAGACGAUAGGCGAUGCCUAUAUGGUGGUUUCGGGAGCACCUGAAAAAGAACAGAAUCAUGCGGAGAAAGUUUGUGAUAUGGCCUUGGAUAUGAUCGAGGCGAUUACGGACUUGAAGGACCCUUCCACUGAUACCCAUUUACGGAUACGCGUGGGAGUGCAUUCUGGUGCUGUCGUAGCAGGAAUUGUUGGUUUAAAGAUGCCUCGUUACUGUCUUUUCGGUGAUUCUGUAAAUACAGCUUCUCGAAUGGAGUCUACUAGUCAAGCGAUGAAAAUUCACAUAUCACAAUCAACGAAGAACUUCUUGCCUUCGAAAUAUAAAGUAUCUGAACGAGGGGAAAUCGAUGUCAAAGGCAAGGGUACAAUGAAAACCUACUGGUUGGAUUGCAAGGAGAACCGACCUCCACUGCAGAUGCUGGGUGACGACAUAAAGCGGCCAUCGAUUGAGUACGCUGAACCGAAGGACCGCCGAUCUAGCGUGUCAUACAAUAUGUCGAAUAAACACUCAAGUGGAGGUUUGAGUUCGGGAGGGGUAUCCGAGGAUCGACGCGUGUAUUCACCAGUGACAUUCGAGGACGUCGCUCGGCGAAGUACAGCAAACUCUCCAGUGAAACUGCACAGUUUUGCCCCUCGUCGUGAAAGUCGCUCAAAUUCUACAGGUCAUGCAUUUCUCAACAGCGUUUCCGAUGUGUUUGGGUCGCUGAUCAGCGAUACGGAAGAUUUCCUGGAAGAUUUGCACCACCGCAAUUCACUCAGCAAUACACAGUACACCUCGUCGACUCCUUCAUCUUGUGCGUUCAGUCCUCCGCCUGCAUUUAGGUCGAAGAAUAAAUCUUUCCUACCAUGUCAGUUCAGCAAAGAGGAGCUGGAUCUCCUAUCCAAUACUACAACCUCAGCGCAUAGUUCAGUUGACCACAGUUACCAGCAGGAGACAACGAAAAAGUCUAAUCUCAUAAGCAGAUCUCAUGUGAUUUCAACUACCACCUACGAACAGCAGAAGGCAAUAAGCAGGAAGGCUAAGCUGGACAGCGCACAGCAGAAGCAGAACGAGGCGUUGGAGAAGUUGGACAAAAUGGUGGAGGAAAUCUGCGACACGGAUCUGCCGGCGAUGUGCUUCAUGAGCCCUCCGAUAUCCCGAUCGGAUGGCAAUAUUUGCAAAACCAACUGCAGUAGAACCAAGGCACCUGCACCAUCACCCCCUGCACCGCCGUCGAGAUGCGAAAACGCCCGUAUGCUACCGCAGCACUGUCAUGGCUGCGGAGGUUCCUCGCCGGCCCCUGCCGGUGUUGCUGCCGGUGGAGUCGGUGGCGGCGGCGGCAGCGGUGGCGGCCGAUUACCGCAUAGUUUUAGCUUUUCCCACGCAAAAGAGCACAAGUGUUAUUCCGGCGGGUGUGCCGCAGCCAUGGCAGCCCACCACCAGAACGACCGUCACCAUAAAGUGCACUCGAACGCUUGUCAGAUACUGUAG